UGUAUGGAUUCGAGGAUGAGAAGUGGGGGUCAAAUUAGGCAAUCUCGGUUGGAGAUGCUCUGACCGCGCCGCCGGAACCCUUCCGCACGCAGUAGCUCCUCCUCAGCCCGUCUGCUUGACUGGCGCGGAGUGGAGGGCAGAUCCAUCCGGGCUGACGAUUCUAGGGGCUUCGAGGAUGAGGAGCUGGGCUAAUCGCCCCCACUCAUCCCUUCUCGCCUCUUUCCUCGCGGCCUCUUGGCUUCUCGUGGCCGCAUCGCCUCAGGAUUCUUCAUCACACAAAGUCACACACACAUGAGGUGCAUUGUUCAAGGGAACGGAGCCGUGCAGCUUGGAAAGCUGUUGAUGAGUACUUGAUGCCCUUUGUGGAAAAGGAGAAAUAUGAACUCCCAAGCAAGUGUAGGCUUCGUCCUGAAAACGACAUGUUUCGGGAACAAGAGCAACAUAAGAUCCAUUUUGAUGUGAACGAGUGGCGUUGUGGCUUCUGCAAGAAAUCCUUUCGAGCAGAAAAAUUUAUCGAUCAGCAUUUUGCAAACCGGCACAGUAAUCUGUUGGAUAAUAGUCAAGGAAGGUGCUUGGCAGAUCUUUGUGGAGCACUUCACUGUGAUCUGACAAUGGAGUUCAAGAAACCAAAGAGUAAAUGCAAUGCUGCUGCAGCUGCAAGGAACCGUCAUCUUUGUGAGAGCCUUGCAGACAGUUGCUUUCCUGUUAAUCAAGGGCAUUCUGCCAGCCGUCUUCAUGAAUUUUUCUUGCGCCAAUUCUGUGAUGCUCACACUUGCAAUGGGGCCUCCAAACCUUUCCCCAAAGGUGGCAGGAAACAAACAAACAAACAGAUUCUACCUGGCUCUCUGCAUCUUGACGAUGCUGCUUUUGCCUGUGUUCUAUCUCAUAGUAUUUUUACACCAGAGGGAAAUGAAGAAAGGAGAUCAAGUUUUCAAACGAAUUGGAAAAACCGUGCACAAGAAAAAGCCGUCCUAGUUGUAAGAUCCCUCGCUACCCAUUACCCAAGCUCCUUGAGAUGAACUCACCAUUUUGCUCUUGGUGGCAAUUAGCUAUGCAUGUCAUGUUGUCUCUUCAUAUGUCUCUCUUCCCUUCCCCUUUAUGACUCAAGUUCCUUCAACAUAUAUAUUGUUUGGAUCGUCAUUUACGUUCAAGCAAAAUGUGUUUGUGUUACCACAGAAGCGGGCUACUGCUUUGGCCUAAUUCCAUUCAUGAAACUUUUCGUGAUGCCUGCCCCCUGCUUAUUCUGCAGCCCCGCACGGAUACACAAGAUCCAACAAGCAGUCAUGUGUAAUUUUUGAUAGGUUACAGAACAUAUCCUUUGAUGUAAACCGAAACAUUGUUGACCGCGACAAAUUGCUCCUGGAACUUGGUGCUUACAUGACUCUGUACAGCCAAUCUAAUGUCAGGAGACUGUUGUACAAUAUUCAAGGAUGGGAAAGGUUAAAGCUAUCUAAGUAUUGUCGGUGUUA